AUGUCGUCCGUUCUACAGCCGCCUGUCAAGCCUGCAUCAAAACGACAUCUCCCUAUCAGCGUGAAUCCUGAGAGAGCCGGUGGGCCUCCUCCAUCCACGUCUCGUACCCGGAGUAUGCAAGCGCCAGCGAUAGUUCCCCCAACUCGCCCUUUGAGGAGCACUAGACCAUCGGGGUCGCCGAUCAUGCCGCUGCCGAACGGCUCGAAGCAGCCUAUCUCUUCAGGAAAACCCGAGCCAGCACUGACGCAGGAGAAAGGCAGCACUGUCUCGUUGAUCGCAACGAGCCGCCAGUCGCUGUACCAAGAAAGCAGAGCAGACAGCAAGGCCCUCGUCAAGUGUCCAUCGACGUCCCACGUCGAACGAAUACACCCGGGCCAAACCCGCCGCCCAAAGCUGGCAAUCCGGCUCGGCUCGAAGGCGCUGUCGGGGAAUGUGACCGAUACGGAGCGUGCCGGAUUUUGGGCGCGUACCGGCAUUCUGCAGUCGUGGAUUGCGCUGGGCUCACAUGCGGAGAACUCAUCCAUAAGCUUAAGCCUAUAUGAGCUCAUAUAUACACGACCGUCUUAUGGUUCUAUUUUCGAUCCUCCAGGUAGUGAAUCAUGCUAA